AUGUUGGUGUUCAUCUGGGCCAAUCUUCUCUUCUUUCUGAGUGGAAACAUCCGUGGUGCCAACAGCAGCACUUCACCAGCUCUGAGCCAGAAGCCCACAGUGAAGGCUCACCCUCUGAUGGAGGGACGUGAGACCUCACUGACCUGCACCGCUCCAGCUCUCUGUGCUGGAACUCCUCCAAAAAUCAUCUGGACAUGGAGAGGAAAGGGAGAACACGUCUCUCACAUCCCAUCCACCAUCAUUAGUAAUUUCACAAAGUAUCCGACCUUUGGUACACAGCGACACAGGUCAAUGGUGAACUUUACACCUUCUGCUGAACACCACGGCACUGAGGUCACCUGCCGGGUGAACUUCACAGACAACAUCUCAUCAGAAGAGACGGUGACUCUGAAUGUGACCUUCCGACCAACCAUCCUAAAUGGCUCUGAGUGUGUGCUUCAGUCAGGGGCCCUGACCUGUUUGUGUAUCAGUCAGGGGGUUCCCUUGCCCUCCAUCAAAUGGCCACUUCUGGAGAAAAGCAGUGAGUACAUUAUCACCACCUCACUGUCAAGCAUCCAACGAUUUACCAUUAGCGAGACCAUUAGUCUGCCACUCAAGGACCAAGACACCACCACUGUAGAGUGUUUUAGCAGUAACCAGGUGGGCGACAUGAGAAAAGACCUUACAGUCACCAAAACACCCCCAUUAAAACAACAGGAUCAACACUGCGGAGUCCUCAGUAAUAUUAUCAAACUGAAAAUCACUUUGAUAUUAUUGAAUGGCAUGAUCCUGUCGGCCACCAUCGGCUAUCUGAGACCAGUACCACCGCUGCUUCGAUACGCUGACUACCACCCCACCUCUCGGAGCCUCCACCAGCGCCGCAGCUUCACCGGCAUAUGCUUCGUCAUUUUCGGCGGAAAUACCGUCACCGUGGAUCCCGCCGGCCGGGGCUUCCGCUUCGAUGGUGCAGUUGAGACAGAAACACAAGAACAGUGUCGUGAUGGUUUCUGCAUCACUCUUAGUAAAGACACCAUAAAAGCAGUGGCUGGACUCUGUGUUGUUGUACCAUGCUCUUUCACUCCUAAACCGGGCUUUAAAACUGAUCGCAUGAUUUGGAAGUAUAAUAGAAAGGUAGUAUUCCACUCUACGCGUCCUGGAGACGUUUCAGCAGGCUUUAAGGGAAGGACGACACUGUUGGAACCAAAUAUUACCGGACGGAGAUGCAGCUUCAUCAUCAGUGACCUCACUCAGUCAGACUCUGGAUCAUAUCAGUUCAGAAUUGAAGGAAGUAACGGAUUUACAUUCCCUUUCGACACAAGAGUCACUGUAUCAGCUCUGAGCCAGAAGCCCACAGUGAAGGCUCACCCUCUGAUGGAGGGACGUGAGACCUCACUGACCUGCACCGCUCCAGCUCUCUGUGCUGGAACUCCUCCAAAAAUCAUCUGGACAUGGAGAGGAAAGGGAGAACACGUCUCUCACAUCCCAUCCACCAUCAUUAGUAAUUUCACAAAGUAUCCGACCUUUGGUACACAGCGACACAGGUCAAUGGUGAACUUUACACCUUCUGCUGAACACCACGGCACUGAGGUCACCUGCCGGGUGAACUUCACAGACAACAUCUCAUCAGAAGAGACGGUGACUCUGAAUGUGACCUAUCUGAAGGAUCCCAGGAUCACUGGAAAUACCGUUGUGGCAGAGGGUGACGCUUUAAACCUGACCUGCAGUGUCGACAGUUACCCUCCAUCUCACAUCACAUGGACUACAGCUGAGCCGGACAAACGGCCGCAGGCCGGCAGGGGAAAUGCCAGUCUAAUCAUCCCUGCGGUGAAAAGAGAACACUCUGGAAGGUAUACCUGUACAGCAGAACAUCUGAACAAGAGCCUGACAGCAUCUGUCGAAGUAACUUUGAUGGUCCGACCAACCAUCCUAAAUGGCUCUGAGUGUGUGCUUCAGUCAGGGGCCCUGACCUGUUUGUGUAUCAGUCAGGGGGUUCCCUUGCCCUCCAUCAAAUGGCCACUUCUGGAGAAAAGCAGUGAGUACAUUAUCACCACCUCACUGUCAAGCAUCCAACGAUUUACCAUCAACGAGACCAUUAGUCUGCCACUCAAGGACCAAGACACCACCACUGUAGAGUGUUUUAGCAGUAACCAGGUGGGCGACAUGAGAAAAGACCUUACAGUCACCAAAACACCCCCAUUAAAACAACAGGAUCGGCAUGAAGAAAGCCCACUUAGUAUUAUAAAACUGGAAAUCAUUUUAGCAUUCCUGAGUGGUGUAGUCCUUUCAGCCACCAUCUGCUAUUUGACAACAACAUGUCUGAGAUCCCAAAAGAGGAACUGCAGAAGUCUGCCCGAGUCUGCGGAGAUGAUGACU